GGAGAAGGAGGAGGAGCCGGCCGAGCCGCAGCCGCGGCCUAUCGGCCCCCAGGGACAUCAGGUGCAUACAUACGUUUUACACUUGGGAUGGGGCCCCAGACGGGAGGAUGACUUUGGCGAUAUUAUGGGUAGAGACGCUGGCGUUUUCAACAUGACUGUAUUAUAUAUUGACUGCAAUGAGCCAACACAUUCUCGGAGAUUGGAGGAUUCAAGUUUAUUAGACAAAAUGAUAUAAAAGGAUUCAAUUGGGUGUAGUGCUGGGGUUCUUGUAACACCGCCGACUGCAUCGUGGACGACCGUGCAGGGCUCGAGCAGUGCCAAGAGCUUGCCAGUUCGACCACAAGACCGCCCUUGGGGAGCGGACAGGCUGAGCAAGUUUUGGGCUACGACGCUGCGCAGAGAGAACGCUGGGAUCAGGGCAGGUAUCCUAUUUCUGGCGGCUGCUGCUGCUGCGGGCGCUGCUGCGCUGCUCCUGCAUAUGGCCCCUGUGGCCGACAGGGCAGCGGCCCUUUGGAGGCUGGAUGCGGCGCGAGCAUUGGCGGACAGGCCCGAAGCAACGACGACAACAUUCGACAUGGCUGACCUCGGAGGUGCGCAGAGGGAGUUUGGCCAGAUGCUGGCUGUCAACUGCCAGCAGUUCUCUUCGGCCAUGCAUCAGCGAGGCCUGGUAUCGCAGCCUGCUGCAUGUGUGGCCAACCGCAGCUGGGACCUGCCGCGGCCACUCCUGGAGCUGCUGGGCGAAGCCCUGCUGGACGGGCAGCCUGCGCUCCGCUGUGGUGGCUUUCAGCCAUGGCCGCAGGACAGUGAGCUCCGAGCCCUCCUCGUCCCGCCUGAGAGGUACCUCGAGGCGAACGUGCAGGAGGAUGAAGGAGCUGAUUGGGCGUUGGUCGAGGGCUCUCUCCUCUCGUGCGGGCGUUUGCUGCACUCCGAGGGAGCAGGCUAAGGCUGGGCAGCUUGCGGCUGCGGCCAGCUGUGGCCGUCGGCCGAUGCCGUGCGGCUCCAUGGUGAGUUCGUGGUCGUGGAGAUGCAGCUGGGAACACCUCGCCGUCUCGGCCAAGUCCAUAGUGGGCGCCUGGCGGUGGGACCGCACAGGGAGCUGGACGUCGAGCAGGACGUUGCAUGCGUGGACUCCGCGGGGGCUCGCCCCCCCUGGGAUGGGAGAAAGAGAGAGAGAGA